GUAAAUCUUUGGGUAGGCAGACCUAAAACCAAAGAGUAGUAUCCUACUUCAAUACUACCAAACCAACAGUGAAGCGGUGAGUGAAAGAUAGAAAGGAAAAUAAAAAUACAUUUUUGCAACUGUGUUUAUAUGUAAACUAAUUGUUAGAAACAACCACGCUUAAUUUUUGUGGGAGUGAAAUUUGGUUCUAUAUUUUUGCCUGUAAGUGUAAAAUGGGUGGCAGACAAGAAAGACUAAAAAAUUCACUGGGAAUCAGCGAAUAUCCUUGGAGUUCAGAUGAUGAUGAAAAUGAAAACAAUCACACUAAUCCUCUGAAUUUAGUGAGGAGGCCUGAAGAUGCUCCCCGGCCAAGUUUAGGAGAAAUGCCGGGAACUAGUAGUGAGCCAACAUUGGCACAAAUCCCUACAGGUAGUUCAGCACCGAGGACUGAGCCUAAUGCAGAAAGUGGGAUGAUCUGGACAUAUAAUUUUGAAAACCAUCCUCAAUCGCGUACCAGGUUUUGUGACGCGGGAAUGGCGAGUACGUCUCAAAACCCUCGAUUACCAUUGAUUCUGCCGGAGCGGCGGGAGUCAAGGCUGGAGCGCCCAUCAUCUGCGGACAUGCAGCGGGUAAUAGCGCGAUGGAAGACGCGCGAUGAAUUCAUACGCUUCACCAAGAGCCUCAGCGCCAUGCGCAAUAAUAGACCAAACCCUAAUAUUUACCCUGUGUAUUCAAGAAGUACGUCCGGACCGUCAAGGAACCCGCUAUUCAACCAUGCAGUAUCAGCUGAUACACCACCAGUCACGAGGACCCACUUUAGGCACCUGCCAAAGCGGCUCUACACUAACCGAAGCGACUAUGGAUCUCCUAGUAGGCGGUCUGGGUGCAGUUCGUCCGGGCACGGGUCGCGGGGCAACGGCUGUUUGCCGACACACAACAGCUCCCUGCUGAACCCUGCAUCUGAGGAGAUGCACCAAGAGACCUUCAACGUUGAACUCUCUGAUGAAGAAUUAGUAUCGACUACUCCGCCGCCACGUGAAAUCAACUCGGCAGCCGCUGACAGGAGCGGGGACAUCACUGAAGACGUACACGAUACGUCGGGCGGCACGACGUCGGACGAGCCCGCGCCGGCGCCCGACGCCAACGCGGCGCCCCAGGACUCCGUUGACGGCCCCGACCGCAUCACAGAAGAGGGAACCGAGCUUGCUGACGCCGCGCCUUCAACUUCGCAAUCGCAACACAAUCGCGAGAAGAAGCGACGGGAUGGUAAAGACCAUGAUGACAGCGAACCGUCGAGUGUCAAAGAGUUUAAUCAAAAUCUGUUACGCCUGCUGGAGUGCCCGGUGUGCCUGGAGUGGAUGGAGCCCCCGAUAGCGCAGUGCCGGCGGGGGCACCUCGUGUGCACGGCGUGCCGCGGCCGCCUGGCCGCCUGCCCCGUGUGCCGGACCACCUUCUCUUCAGUCCGGAACCGUGCCAUGGAAGGGGUGUCGGAGCUGCUGCGCUACCCGUGCCGGCACGGAUGCGGGCGCGAGGUGCGACUGCGGCGCCGCACGCAGCACGAGGCGAGCUGCGCCGCGCGCAAGUACCAGUGUCCCGUCGCCGCCUGCGCGCAGCGCUCGCCGCUCGCCAUGCACGAGCUGGCGCAUCACUUCCAGAGCAAGCACGUGGACGUGCUGAAGACGGGCCGCAAGCACAAGUUCUCCAUGAAGGUGAACUCGGAACACCACGACGACUGGAUCAUCAUGGCCCUGCACGAGUUCUUCCAUCUGAGAGUCGACGUGGACGUGCGCAACUGGGGCGUCGUCUUCUACGUGGCUUACAUCGGGCCCAAGUCAAAUGCUAAAAAUUUCACCUAUAGUAUAACCAUUAACGGCCAAAACCAGUCCAGGAAGCUGUCAUACGUGCGCGUGACACACAGCGACCUCGACCGCUCGUUGCUGAACGUAAACAGAACUGACUGCUUCCAUCUCACCUUGGACCAGGCACUCAACUUCCUCAGGUUUAAAAGCCGGCAUAGCGAUCCGGACAAAUACCUGGACUUCAAUGUCGAGAUAGCGAAAACCGACGACGAUGAAGAAAACAAGGAAACGCAGGAGACUUAAAGUGUCGCGUCGAUCGUGCGCGGCUAAAGUAUCGCAUGAGAAUGCGUCAUUAUUGUGCCAUUAUGAGGCAAGACGCCCUGCUAAACACUUUCAAGUUUUAGCAUAACUAUAAUCCCUAACAUUUAAUCCGUAAUUAAUUUAAUAAAUAAUACAGUAGAAUAAGUUGAAUCUCAGUGAGGUGAAGAUAAAAUCAUACAAAAAUUGCAAAAUGUAUGUCUCUUAUCUUCUCGUGUUCCCGGUUGCAUUCGGAGCUGUGAAGGUCCAAAGCCCAGGUUUAGUGUAAAAAAUUAGACAACAGAUGAUCUCAAAGUUCAAGCCUCGACUACGUCUUUCCAGCGAUUGCGCUGAAAGUUUAUGAUAAAAACUUAACGUGAAUAUUUUUGCGUUUACCCAACUUUAAAUAUUUUGGGCGAUUGGGCGUAACUAUCUUUGAUUUAAACAGAUUUAAAUCUGUCAUUAUAUUGAUUAGGCAUUGUAAUAAAGCUUAAAAAUUGAGAGCAACAUCAGGAGGCUAGGUUUUUUUAUCCACCAAAGCUGAUAAGGCUCAAUCGCUCGUAGUAUAUUAAUAAUCUUGCUUACCGAGUUGAUCUCAUGUAUAUUUUAAAAUGCCUCUUUCGAUAUUUAUUCGAUUUCUGAAGCUGUAUACUUAGGUUGAUUCCGCCUAUUGUUUAUUUUAUAACUGAAUUCUCAGGGUGUAGUUUGUAGAAAAACUGAUAUCUCGUCUAUUUAGACACAACACCAAAUGCUUUUUUAACAUUUUACAAAAGCAGGGUCGUUAGAAUUAACGUGACCAACGCAUGGCGUUUAGACAAGUAAGUCAUAUUUAUUAUUAAGCCGAUAAAUAUAAAUUAUGGUUUUGUUUCUCAUAUUUUUAUAUUAAGUUUCUCACUAUCGAACCUUUUCCCAGUAUAGUAUAUUGAUAAAAUGUUUUACUACUUAUUUUAUAUUAAUACUUAUUUUACGUUAAGUUUACAUGUCUUAUAUUUUAUUAGAAAUAAUCAAAAUUGUUAUAUUUUCUACCAGUUUGCCUUCUUUUAGUUUCAGAAAAUUCUAAUUACAUAUUUCCACAUCUUCGUCAAAAAAUAUUUACUAAUAUGUGUCAAUGGAAAAGCGAUAGUAUAGCCAUGCAUGUAUACCACAUUAGUGUUUAUCUAUGGAUUAUUAAAUCAUUAAAUUAAACGUCAUACAUAUUUAA